AUGGCUACUGCCGUAGCUUUCUUUUAUUCAUUCCUUUUGCUUAGGCAUAUUCCCUUCUUUCUUUCUUUCUUUCUUUCUUUCUUUCUUUCUUUCUUUCUUUCUUUCUUUCUGUUUACAUCUUUUCGUUUUCCUAUCUGUUAUAAAUACUUCUUUUCUUUUCCUUAUGUAUAUUUCUUUUCCCUUCCAUUAUACAUAUUUCUUUCUUUCUUUCUUUCUUUCUUUCUUUCUUUCUUUCUUUCUUUCUUUCUUUCUUUCUUUCUUUCUUUCUUUGAUCUUUUCUUUUUCCUCUCUGUUAUAAAUACUUCUUUUUUCUUUCCUCCAUUAUAUUUCUUUCUUUCUUUCUUUCUUUCUUUCUUUCUUUCUUUCUUUCUUUCUUUCUUUCUUUCUUUCCGUUAUUGUGCUAUACCGGCACAUUCUUUACCCGAUUACUCUUCGUCGUACGAUUGCGACAUAAGCUUGCGUCGUAAUUCCUCAACUCUCUCGCCUCUUGGUCGCAUAAUACAAAACGUUACUUGA